GGGAGUCAGCGAUCUAGUUAUAAUAUAGAUGCUGUGCGAUAACUGCAAGUGACAAAAAACGGAAUUAAAUGUGAUCUGGUGUUUUCUGAAGAUAGUCAAUAAAAAGUUACUCACGUUGUGUAGUAGCUGGAUUUUUAUUACGUUAUAGCAAAUGUAUUCACAAUCAUUCAAAAUGAUUAAUACAUGUCGUUUCGUAUUUCAACAGAAUCUUCAUCAAUUUCGCCAAUUUCAUAAAUGCAUUGCCCGGCGAGCGGAAUCAAUCGCAGCAACAGCGACACAAGUUGCACCAUCUCUACCACCUCCCAUAUCGGAUGUUGACAAACCAGUGAAUCCAAAAAUUGACAAAAUAGCUAACGACAUUACUGCUUUGAAUUUAAUAGAAGUAGCAGAGCUCAGUGAUCUGUUAAAGAAACGACUAAAUUUGCCAGACGCACCUGUUAUGCCUAUAGGAGGAUUUGUUGCUGCUCCUCAAGCUGUGGAAGAAGAAGAGCAGAUACAAAAACGAGUGCAAACAGCAUUCACUGUUAGGCUAACAGAAUUUGAUAACAAACAGAAAGUUGCUCUGAUCAAAGAAAUUAAGAGUCUGUUACCUGAUACAAAUCUUGUCCAGGCCAAAAAGUUUGUCGAAAGUGCUCCGGUAGUAGUAAAGGCAGACAUAGCAAAAGAUGAAGCAGAGAAAUUGAAAGAUGCUCUUACAAAGGUUGGUGCUACAGUUGAAAUUGUAUAAAUCUUAUGUGAUUACAUAUAUGUAUGUAUUAUGUUAUAUAGUAAAAAUUUAUAUUCAUUCAUAAAA